AUGGGCUCUUGUUUGUCCAAGACCAAGUUUCAGGGCGAGGGACGGACGCUGAAUGAGGCGUCGAGUGCGGCUUGGAGCGCGGCAACCACACAAGGACAACGACUAGGCAGUGCAGGCGGCCCAACAACACAACCCAUGCCCUCUCCUAGCGUCUUGGGCUCAAGCACACCAGCAACCGAUCGCGAGGCACGUGCACAGGCCGCAGAACGUCGGAUCAACGCUCAAGCUGCCAAAGGCACCCCCACGCAUGGAAAGCUCAGCCAGCAAUUGAUGCACAACAAGUCAGCCCACCCUCUCACACAAAACCAAGACGAACCUCACAGAGUCAUCUGGGACUAA